UGUAAAAGUAAGCACUGAUUUUAGAAUAUAUGCUCAUGCACAUAAAAAUAGUUCUCAAAGGGUUUUGCCUUAUAUGGCAUUUUCAUAUUUGUUUAUACAGCUGUUACUUUCCGUUUUAUAUUGUUUUUGUGUUUGCACUUCUUUAUUUCGAAAUAUGUAGUUUAGCCAAUGCUGGGAAAAUAACAGAAGACAGAGUAUUAAGAAUUUCAUAUUACAGAAACGGACCACCCUCAGCCCAACGACGCGUCAUAGAUAGCUAUCUCAUCUUGCUUCACUUUUUAUAGUCUUACCUCUCGAUCCAGGACGGAAUUUUUGUCUGAAGUUUGCUUUCUUCCAAGACUUUGACAUGUCCACAGUAAGACUGCUCUUAACCUGUCUGCUGUUCAAAAAUGUUUUUGCGCUGUCAGGAAGCUUCUGGCACAUCACGGACCAGCACUGGGACCCAACUUACAACCUGGCAGGGAAUCCUGAACUUGUGUGCGCGUCAAGCGGCAAACGACCAGCUGCCAGUGCUGGAGUAUUUGGAGACUAUGCUUGUGACUCGCCAUGGCACCUUAUCAACUCGUCUGUGUAUGCCAUGAAGGAUAUCCUACCAGACCCGGACUUCAUUGUAUGGACAGGAGAUGACACACCACAUGUACCCAAUGAGGAUCUGGGAGAAGAAGCAGUGCUCAGCAUCAUCAGCAACCUCACUCACAUUCUAAACCAGGUGUUUCCAAACACUAAAGUGUAUUCUGCCCUGGGGAACCACGACUACCACCCUAAGAGCCAACUCCCUGCAACCCAAAACUACAUGUAUGACCAAAUAGCAGAAAUGUGGAAGGAUUGGCUGGAGCCAGAGUCCCAAAUAACUUUUAAAAAAGGUGGAUAUUAUACGGAAAAGCUUCUAGGUCGAACAGGUUUCAGGAUGCUGGUCCUCAACACUAAUCUUUAUUAUGACCAGAACAAGCUGACUGCUGACAUGGUGGAUCCAGCGGGACAGUUCAGCUGGGCAGACCAGGUCCUUACAGAAGCAGCUAAAAACAAAGAAAAGGUGUACAUCAUUGGCCAUGUUCCCCCAGGUUUCUUUGAGAAGAAGAGAAGCAAGCCAUGGUUCACGCCUGAAUUCAACAAGCAAUACGUGCAUCUAAUUCAGAAGCAUCAUUCAGUCAUUCUUGGACAGUUCUUCGGCCAUCAUCACACUGAUAGUUUCAGGAUGUUCUACAACUCAGACGGGAAGGACCCUUCCGUUUCUGCAGGAUCUCCCAUCAGCACAAUGUUCCUCAGCCCUGGUGUCACACCAUGGAAAACAACACUUCCUGGAGUCAUGGAUGGAGCCAACAACCCUGGGAUUCGUGUCUUUGAAUAUGACACCGACACACUCCUUGUCAAAGAUCUGGUGACCUAUUAUCUGAAUCUUACCCACGCUAACGCGGCCCGCGGACGCUGGGAGAAGGAGUAUCGCCUCACAGAGAGCUUCAGAGUACCGGACGCCUCCCCCUCCUCUAUGCAUCAGGUUCUGGAGCAUAUCGCUAAAGACCCCUGCUACCUACAGAAGUACUAUGACUUUAACUCCGUCAGCUAUGACCUGACUGAAUGUGACAGUGAUUGUCGCGUGGACCACGUGUGUGCAGCCAGAGAAGUAGACUUUCAGAGGUAUGAACAAUGUGUGGUAAAAGAAGGGGCAGCUGCCAUUUAUGGUGGGUUACUGCCUCUCCUCUCUGUGGCUGUAAGUCUGAUGAUGGCCAAUCGGUGAUGACCAUCAAAUUCAAAGUUAAUUUUGAAGCUUGUGAAUAAUAAAACUGAGGAGAAAUACUUAAAUUCCAGCAAAAGGACAUUGUGUAGUGUAAAUUUUUUAUGUGACAUCUAUUAGUGAGUCAUAAACUAAAUGUACUGAAGUACAAAAUCAACCUUUGGCCCAAGCAGUCUUUAGUGGGGCCUCCUCAUUGGUUCAUUGUUGUUUUAUGACUGAAUAUUUCAAUUCCAGUUAGUGGGAAAACUACUCUGAUGUCCAGGACCCAUCCACCCCGUAUCCUUCUCAUUUACUGUAUCUGUUUAAUAAAAUCAGAGCUCAUUCAAACACUUUUUAUUGCUUUAUUAGGAUUGUCAUAGCAGUUAACAUGUUAUAAAAUAACUUUACACCUACUUAUGUCCAUAAAACUUUGAAGUGAUGAGAUAUGUUCAAGAAUUCAUCAGAUAAAGUUGAAUUAUCUGGGUUCUGUGACACUUGUACUUAUCCUGCAACACUGUAUAACAACUUUAUGAGUUUAAAGUUACUGUCUGUUAUGGAAAAUAAAUUGAUGCUCACUGGA